UACGGAUCACAGAAGCGGAGGUCGUAUAAUAAAAUUCAUCAUGGUAAACUGGACUUCGACGACAACAACUGCUACAGUCAAUACGGUUGUUACAGAUGGUGACAAAUUGGCAGCAGCAACGUCUGCUAUCAACAAUAACAAUCCCUCCAUUGCACAAUCCAUCACAGCGAAAUACCCCUCCUAUUACCGCAAUCCUCUGCGAACGAACAAUCAAUGGUUAAGAGGAAAACGCCGCGAUGACGAUGCAGAAGGAUUGUGGCGAAUAAAUGACUCGUUGUAUGACCUUACCAAAUUCAUGGACAGUCAUCCAGGAGGGGCUGAAUGGAUUCGUUCCACCAAGGGAACCGACAUCACGGAGGCGUUUGAAGUUCAUCACAUCGGAACACGACCCGAGCAGCUAUUGCCGAAAUUUCGCAUUCGAACGGCUCAGUCCCCGCGGAACGUCCAGCUGACGUUCCACGAGCAUGGAUUCUACAAAACACUAAAAAGACGUGUGCGUGAUAAGCUUACGGUAAUCGACUACCGGCCGGCUCGAACUUCGGAAAUGAUAUUGGAUUCACUAUUGUGUAGUUCAUUCGUCCUAGCGUCCAUGGCUAUCAAUUUUGAUAGUUAUCUGCUGGCUGCGAUUUGUGCAUUGUUCAUCUCCUGGACCAUGAUCGCCGCCCACAAUUUCUUCCAUAGGAAGGACAACUGGCGAAUGUUGGCGUUCAAUUUAGCAUUUUUUAGUUACAGGGAUUGGAGAAUAUCACAUGUGCUUUCACAUCAUUUGUUUCCCAACUCAUUGCUGGAUCUGGAGAUAUCUUUAGUGGAACCCUUCAUUUGCUUUCUACCAAUACCGUCAAGUAAGAAUCUGCUCCAAAGGUUUGGCUCGUGGAUCUACGGUCCGGUGUAUUAUUGUGCAAUGUUCUUUGGUGUAUUUGUCAUACGUAUAAUCGAAUCGGUGAUAUCGAGGAAGAAUACCUUCUACGCAGACAAUAUCAUCCCAGCGGCAUUGCCUCUCUUUAUGUUGGCUACUAGCAAUAGUGGCAUUUGGGAAGUACUGAAAAUGUGGUUCUUCAUUGUACUGGUAGCAAGUUUCGUCUUUGCAGCAAUCGGUGUGACUGCAGCUCACCAUCAUCCAGAUGUCGUUCACUCGGGUGAUUGGAUUCCAACGGACAUCGAUUUCGGUGUGUACCAGAUGGCAGCGAUCAUCGACCGAUCCGAUAUCAAUGGAUCGCAGUUCAAGGCGCUGGUCAGCUUCGGUGAUCAUAGUUUGCAUCAUUUGUUUCCGACACUAGACCACGGCAUACUGCCGCAGCUGUAUCCGGUGUUUUUAAAAACGUGUGCUGAAUUUCAGCUGGAAUACAGAGCUCAGUCCUUGUGGCCGGCAGUUGUUGGUCAGCACCAACAGCUAGCUCGAAUCGAGCCUAUGGUUUAUGUGCCAACGAAAAAGUUUAAUCAGUGAAACGUGGUGCGGCACUGCUUUGAGAAUCAUUGGCUGUGGAAAUAAAUGGAUGCCGAAAGGCUGAAGAAAUGUGAUUGAACCAGUAUUUAUAGUG